UCUCAUAAAAAUGGCUGCUUAGGAAACAAAUCAAACCCUUUUGGUUUCUUUUUUACAAUAUCUGGUGCAGUUACAGCUCUUUCUCAAAUCAAAGAAAGAAGAAGAGGAGAUCAUCAUCAUCAUCAUCAUCAUCAUCAUCCUGUUCAUGGCGAUUCAGUAGUCUUUCAACCUCAUCAAACCCUAGAUCAUCAUCACCAUCAUCUUCUCCGCCAUGAUCAACUGCAAUACGUAAAUCACCAGCAAAUACAUAACACACCCAGAAGAGAUCCAGACCCAGAACCAGAAUUAGAUCCAGACCGAGUUCCAACAAGCUCACCAACAAGCAGCAAAUCGAACCAAGAUUCCCCCCCUCGAGCGCCGCAGAGACCCUCCCCAACUCCAGCCGCCAUUGACAGUGCAGCUCCUGCUCCGGUGGUGGUUAAGUAUCGAGAAUGCCUGAAGAACCACGCGGCGAGCAUGGGCGGUCACGUUGUGGAUGGCUGCGGAGAGUUUAUGCCCAGCGGCGAAGAGGGCUCGCUGGAAUCUUUGAAAUGCGCCGCCUGCGACUGCCACCGGAACUUCCACAGGAAAGAAAUCGACGGCGAAACACCGAGAAGGAACAACACCAUAAUCCUACCUCCUCCUCAUCUUCAACCUCAUCAACUUCCUCAACUAUACCAUCAUCGUCAUCACCACAGAUUAAUCUCACAAGGUUUACUACCCAGUCCUUCGCUGCCGGCCGGCCCACUUCCUCCGAUGAUGAUGAACUUCGGCGGUGGAGGCACUGCAGCCGAGUCCUCCAGCGAAGAUCUAAACAUGUUACAGUCUAAUAAUAACACAGUAGGAAAGACCUCCCGGUCGAAGAAGAGAUUUAGAACGAAGUUCAGUCAAGAACAGAAGGACAAAAUGUUGGAGUUCGCAGAGAAAUUGGGGUGGAAGAUACAGAAGCAAGACGAGAAGGAGGUGCAGCAAUUUUGUUCGCAGGUGAACGUUACAAAACAGGUUUUCAAGGUAUGGAUGCACAACAAUAAGCAAGUCGUGUUGAAGAAGAAGCAGAUUAUGUAAGGCUUUAAUUUUUUUCUCCUUCAUGUUAGUUCAGAGAAAUUUUCUAGGAGUUAACUUAAUGAUGGGUAGAUAUUAGAU